UAAUAAUGUUCCUAUUUGGGACAAAGCCUCGCCUGCCCCUAAUAUGGGCUCCGCACCCUUCCUAGCAAUGGUAUCGCCGAUUCCAUCAAACAGGUUGCUCAUUCUUAUGCAAAUUAAUAUUUUGUAAGACUGCAAAUGGCCAUUAGACCAACAAAGCUCUGCAAAUCUCUCUUCAAUCUGUAUCCAUGUCUUUCUCAGUUUGUCUUAGUUCACUCAGUCUCUUCACUUAACGCUGUGGAAGAAACUGUGAAAGCAGCUCUUGAGGCCAAAACCUAUGAACAACUCCCCAACAUUCUUGUUGCCUUAGAAAAAUCGAGGCGGAUUCAGAAUCCUUUUUCAUUCCUUUCUACCUUAUCUUUGACGCUUAGAACCCAGACCAUUGAUGAAAUCUUACAAUCUUUUAAAUCUAUUCGGCCUCGCUCCCGCCCCCGGAUUGUGUAUGAUCUUCUUCUUUCCUACACCCUUCAGAGUCCCGACCCAAUCCCUCUUUCACUUGCCGUGCUACAAUGCACUCUUCGUUCUGGCUGUCUCCCUGCUCCCCAAAUAAAACUCCUCCUAUCUGAAGCGUGGCUUAACUUCCGUGGCCAUUCACAGCCGGUGUCAGACAGCCUUCUGGAGAUGCAAGACAUUGGGUUUUGCCCUGACUCCAUGACAUGUAAUUACCUUAUAUCUUCUCUUUGUGCUGUUGAUCAGUUGGAGGAGGCAGCUAAAAUCUUGAAGGGUAUGAGCGGAGCUGGCUGCCCUCCUGAUCUGGAGAGUUUUGCUGGUUUAAUUACUGCAAUGUGCACAUUUAGAAGGACCGGUGAUGCAAUAGAGUUAGUGAAGCAAAUGGUGCAAAAAGCUAGAUUGACACCAAGGCAGGGAACAGUGAAAAAAGUUGUGGCAACUUUGCGGGCAAAUAGAGAGAUAUGGAAAGCUGUUGAGUUGAUUGAAUUCUUGGAGAGGAAAGGUAUCCCUGUUGGCUUUGAGAGCUAUGAGCUAGUUGUUGAAGGAUGCUUGGAAUGUUGUGAAUAUGUUUUGGCUGGAAAGGUAGUUGUAGCAAUGACUGAGAGGGGCUUUAUACCAUAUAUUAGGGUCCGGCAAAAGGUUGUUGAGGGCUUAGUUAGAGUCAAUGAGUUGAAACUUGCCUAUUUAGUAAGGGAAAGAUUUUCAGAAUUGGGGUCUUAGGCUCUUCGCUGCUUUUAGCUCUGCAUGAGUCACCUAAGUGAAGAAAAUCAGUCAUUGUCGUGAUGGCUAAUGUGGAUUCAAAGAUCAAGGAUAGAAAUAUCCCUUGGAUAUAGUCCUACAGUAGUGGAAAAAAUUGCAGGUUAGUGUCAAAUAUCCAUUGGCAUGUUAUUUCAAGUCGUUUGAUUUGGUUAACCUAUGUUCAGCUUGGCUUUGGUAAUUCAUCAACCCUUGUAGGUGAAGAACUGUUGAAACCCAACAAAGACUAUAUCAACUAAACAAGGACUGAUAGGUUGUUCAUUCCCUUAACCUGUAUAUGUCAAGGUGAAUGUCAGUCCUAUAUGCAAUCAUGGCACUGUGUUGCAGGACUGGUGCAUAGAUAUCAUCUAGAAGGUGGCUCCAAGGUCUCACUCGGGUGGUAUGUCUUUGGUGUUGACAGCAGAGCUAUGUGCCAUGGUCUGCAUACUUUUCUUGAAACAUUGUUUUAAAUGUUGCUGCUGCAAUGUGAUUCUCUUGUUAUGGUUAGUAAAGAUUGAGAUAAUUGACAUGGUGCUACUAUAUCUUUUUAUGUUCAUUUUCCUAUUUGGUAAGCAAUUCACAGUCUCGUAAUGUGGUUGGUAAGGAA